ACAUGUUGCGUCACUAAAAUGCGCCGACAGGAGAAACACGAAAGGAUUCGGACAAAUUUACCUGAGGAGCAACUUUGCCACAUAUUUAAUUCCUGCCUUUGCUUAUUCAUGUUUAUCAAUGCGUUAAUAAGAUACACAUUGUGUUAUAUGUUUGAGGACUUUUCCACAGUCUUUGCAGUAGUUAGUAUCUGUCUGUAUCCCAGUACAAAGUGCUGUGGUUGUUAGCACCUCCGCGGCUAGCUGCGGCUGCAAGCAAAUGACCAAUUACCUACACUUUAUCGGUGGACAGAGGGUUUUAGGAUAAACUAAAUAAAGUUUAGCCCCAAGAUGGAUAGUUAUUGACCCUUUUCAGUGAUUGGUCUACAGAAGCCCGUUAUCAUCAGCAGCUAGCGAAAGACUGACCGAUGUUGGAGAGGGCAAUAAGACACCAUAUCAAGAUGUAUUGUACCCUAAUGGUUACAUGGAGGGCCUAAUCCACACUGAUCAGUCAAAACAUUUUCCAAAGGGGGAGGUGAAAUUUAAUGCUGAUCAUCUGAUAUCAUGCUCACUCUUUGAGGCGUGUUAAGAGUGAUGGCUAUGGCUUCCUCAAUCACAGAUGAAAACCUAAGUUACGCCAAGGAGUCUCCCUCUGAUCACCUGCCCUGCUGUCCAACUGAUGAGAUCACAGAGGAGCUCCAGGCCAGUGAAUCAAACACAACUGUGAAAGCUCAAAAGUCUGGAAAGUUUAGGCGAACUGCCUUGACCUUUUUUGGUGUUCGUAAAACAAUCUGCAUCUUGCCCAGCUUUUUUGUGGGGAGAAGUAAAAAUCUGAGUAAGUGGUCAUCUAAAAAAGCCAUCUUCAAAAGCAAAACGCAUGAUGGGCUCAGUAAAGUUUGCCAUGAUGACAAUCACAGAAGUGGCUAUGCCUCUGCUGGAGAUUUUGUGUACGACAGCCACAGGGAUGUUGCAGGGGAUCUCCACAGCUGUUGUCACAGCAAAUUAAGUCCCUCUUCAGGUGAUCAGAAAUCUCUGAGCCUCCCUCGCCACAAAAGAGGAUUAAGGGGUCUCUUUCAAAGCAUUAAACAGCACAGAAAUAACAGAAAUGGGAUAGAUAAAGGAGAAAUGUUUGCAACACGGAGUGAAACCCAGGUGCCUAAUGUCCAGAGCUACACUGAACAGCAUCUUACAGAGUGCCUGGGUUCUGAACCAGAUGUGCCUGACUUUGAUAACACUAUUGGUCCUCAAUGUACAGAUGCAGAAAAUUUGGAGUGUGUAUUACUGGAAAAUAGCCCAAAAUCUGAGUUUGUUCAUGAGCUAAAUGAUAAUCAAAUAGAUGAUAUUAACCUAGUAGCACUAGUUUCUAGCGAUUAUGAGGAGUUGGCCAGAGUGCAGAGUGAUCCAUGUUUAAAACUGGAAAUGGUGCCUGAACCUAUGCUCAAGUUGGAAGCCACUGCUGGUUCAUGUGAGCAACUGAAUGUUAUGUUUGAAGAUGUAGCCUCAUUAAAGAGCUUUGACUCACUAACAGGCUGUGGAGACAUAAUUGCUGAUCAAGAAGACGAUAGCAUCACAGAGAGCACUGUUUCUGGGGAGCGCAGCCGAAAUGGGGGCAAGAGGGCAUCCUGUUAUUUAACUUAUCAGGGAGGUGGCGAAGAUAUGGCCUGUCCUGAAGAUUUGGGGGAAGAGUGUCCAGACAAUAUGUGGAUAAAUGAUGCAUCAGAGGAAAUGUGCUGUGCUUGUAACCAGGAUCUCAUGGAUUUGAGCACUGAACUGACAGUAUCUCACAAUAGGGACUUGAUGAAUAGCAACAGUGCGCAGCAGGGAGCUGACAGCUCCACUGCUGAUGUGUUGACUCCUCAAAGUGAGCAUCAAGAGUCCGUCCCAAACAGCGACGAAGGCUACUAUGAUUCAACUACUCCAGGGCCAGAGGAGGGUCAAGAAAAGGCAGAGAGGUUACAGCCAGAUAGGUUACCCCGGGACAGCUACAGCGGCGAUGCUCUUUAUGAACUUUUUGCACCAGAUGAAAGUCUUAUCAGUCCACAUUAUGAAAAGAAGUCACAGCUCUCUGGUUCAGAUGAGAGUGAGUAUUUAAAUAAGGCAGUGGAUUUCACAGACACUGCCUUUCUACCUGACAUAAAUGAUUUAAAAAUAAGUGAUGCGCUGUACGAAGCUAACAGUUUUCUUGAAAUGUCAUGCACUAAACCCUCAGAGCUGACACAAAACCCAAUUGGUCUGCAUGAAGUGGGAUUAAAUAAACAAAGCAAUUUGAACUCAAAACCACAGGCCUUUGUCAACAAGAAUAUGAAAACAAGUGCUUCUGCUGGAAAAUCUUCAGAUGCUGAAUAUGUGAAACGACACAGUGCUAUAUCCUUUGGUAGCACAUCUGACCCAGAUUUUGAAACCUUCUGUGAGCCUAAAGAACAACUUCUUGAAGAGAACAAGCCAGUGGCUUUACCAUACAGAAACAUUAAAUCUCAAUUUACAGAGGUUAGUGAUGGUGUGGAUAAUGAACAAACUGUAUGUUUCUCACAAGCACUUGAAGAUUUCACCAAACGCACUCAAAUGAUGAGCAAAUUGCACAACCGUAUGGAUGGUUUGGAGACGAGUCCAGCCUUCAUUCCCAACAUGGAGGCCUUGCCCGCCAUAGUCACGUUUGACGUGGUGGAUAUGCACAAUGAGGGAGAAUAUGAUGAGCAGAUACAGAUGGACAUGGAGGAGGAGCUUUCCUCUCCGUAUCAAGAGUUUGAAGAAAGUUACCUGCAAAAGGAUGCAUUUGCUGAAUGUGACUAUCAAAUGUUGGAUCUUUAUGAACAGAACCUUCUAAGUAAUACAUGGGCAAUAGCAAGUCUGCCUCGACAUCUGGGCCUUACUAAAGUGAGGCAAUUUUUACCUGCUCCGCUGUCUCAGGACAGAAGAAGUAGAUCUUUGGACACUGAAGACCUGGACUUAAACAUGCCUGACAAAUGCAAAGACCACAGAGGUGCUUUGCCCUCAUGUUUUUUGAUGGAAAGAGAGAGAGGUUCCUCAUCUCACAAAAGUCUUCAUGUACCCCUGAAAGAUGGCAGCAUUACAUCACCAUGGCAAACAAAGUCAGAAAUGGCUUUGAGUCUUUGUACUUCAGCCUUGACCAUACCUGUAUGUAAAAGUCUAAAUCAAACACAACUUGAUACCAAAACCUCUGUUACACCGAACACUGAUAGUACUAAAUCACUGCGACUUUACUCCAGUACGUCCAACAGUGCGUCUUCUGAAUUAUUUUCAAGUCCAGAGCUUUACAACAGAAGGUGUCAUCUUGCUUUGCAGACAGAUUCUUGUUUACCUCGCACCCCUGUUUAUUACACUGAAAUGUUGGAAGAUGGAUCACUGUUAAAUGAUCAAGAAGAGCAUCUCUUUGAUAAAGCUGCUGUUGAUGCAUUGUCUUAUAACCCAUCUAUGAAGGCCAAAGCCUUAGAGGGGACGACUAGAGGGGGCAUUUCUCAACAUUUUCUUAAUUCAGCCCUCUCCAUUGAUCAUACUAAAUUUGAGUAAAUUCUACUCUAAUUUACCAGGUAGUUUGGGGAUUGUGCCUAUAUGAGUGUUACUAUGGAAGGAGUAAUUGUUGCCAAGUGUGUGUGUGUGUGUGUGUGUGUGAGAGUGAACUGAAAUGUUAUAUACUGUGAUAAAACUUGUACUAAAAUGAUGUGAUUUUGCCAUGCUAUAAUAUUAUUAUUGUUGUUAAUGCUUCAAGGGAUUUUUUUCUCUGUAUUACCACCACAUGUAUAGUGUUUGUGAUAUGGUUUUCAGGAGUUUUACAAAAAUGAUCUUGAUUGUUUUAUACCACCUCAUUGCCUUGAAUGGCGUUUUGAUGCUUGGUUUCCAAAAAAAGAAAAUACUGGCUGAGCAGCCAUCCUUAGGGCUGGGUUAAUCUUUUUUGCACGUUUGGAAUUGUAUGCCGCUUGUCUCAGUCAUUGUUUACUGUUCUUGGAAGUUGCAUUGGACAGUACAAAUAGCUUUUUUUUUUAGCAAUUUAGUAGCAAAUGAAUACAGUACAUUGCUUAACUAUGUAGUGUAAAUUAGCUUUGCCUUAUUUGGUGUUUUCACCCUUUCAUCUUGGUUGUAUAACAAUGUUUGGAGUUUUAGCAAAGCAUCAAAUUUAGUAUUUUUUAUUUUAGUUGUAACAUGUAGGUCAGAGUUUUAGCAGCAAAUGUAUUUUUUUAUAUUGUGUAAGUCACAUAUAUUUGCACAUUGUAUUGUAAUCAGAGUGAAUGCAAACUUUUAACUAUAAUGAAAUUGUUGAUUUCCUUGAAAUAUGUUACUAUUUUGCCAUUGUAAAACACUGCCUUACACAUAAUAAACUUUAUAAACACAUCAAAACUC